AUGCUGCCCACGCCCUUCUCGGUGAGGGACAUCCUCAGCCUGCAGCGGCCGGAGGCUCCCGCGGGACCCCGCGCAGCCCCCGCGGGGCAGGAGGAGCCGCCCGCAGGAAAAUCUCCGCUCGCCCGGCCCUUUGAGGCCGAGGAGAAACGACGGAAGCCUCGCGUUCUGUUCUCGCAGGCGCAGGUGCUGGAGCUGGAGCGGCGCUUCCAGCGGCAGAAAUACCUGUCCGGGCCCGAGCGGGAGCAGCUGGCGCUGCAGCUGCAGCUCAGCCCCACGCAGGUGAAGAUCUGGUUCCAGAACCGGCGCUACAAGAGCAAGAGGCAGCGGCAGGAGCGCUGUCCGGGCCCGGCGCUGCCCGCGCUGUCCCCGCGCAGGGUGGCGGUGCCGGUGCUGGUGCGGGAUGGGGAACCCUGCCCGAGGGGCUCCCGGCCCUUCCCAGCACCCUGCGCCAUUCCAGGCCCUUUUUCCUACGGCUCCUGCUACGGCAGCAGCGCUUUCAGGGCGGGGUUCGGGGGGCCGUACCCAGGGGGGUCCCCCCGUGCCGCCCCCGGCCCUGCCCAGCGCCAGCCCCCGGGAAUCAGCGCCGGGAGCUGGAGGUGAGCGCGGAACAGGCACCAGGAAAGCUCCAGAGCCAAGCCCUGAUCGGGACAGGAGCCAAACCCAAAGAAUUCCUGGCGGCCCGGACAGCGGGACGAUCCCAGCGCAUCCCUGGAAACAGAGAGAGGGGGACGCUGCCGCCGCAGCGCUGAGGCUUUGGGCACCCAAAAAUUAUAAAUUAUUUAUUACUACACACAGUAAUUUGGCGUCUUCCUGCUCCCAAGGGAUUUUCUCUCCCAGGAUGCUACCAGGACUUGGUUUUCCUUCCUCAGGAUAACUGAGAAACAGGUUCCGUGCACAUUCCCGUGCUUUUUUUUAUGGACGAUAUUUAAUGCUUUGAGUUUUUGUAAUUUCUAGAUUUAUUUCUGAUUUGUUUCUCUUAAGAACUCUCAGCACAGUUAUCAAUUCAUGCCUUUAUCAUUGAUAUUAUUGUUGCUAUUAUUAUUAUUGUUAUUAUUUGCAAAUAAAAACAAAUCGGCGAAAUUGUGUUCUCGCUCUCUUGUCAUUUUUCACUUUGUAUUUUGAAUUUUCCCAUCCACAAUUUGCACCUGAGCAUCCAAACCUGAGCCAAAGAAAAAUAAAAAUCAAAUAAAAUCCUAAUAAUCCAAGCAAAAAUCACCUUGUAGUCCAAGAUCGGGAAUUCCCAAGCUUUAACCUCUCCAAAGUUUUGUUCCCCCCUUCUUCCCACUCCAUUCCCGACAGCUCCUUAUCCUGCGGCAUUUGGAAAAAGCCGAAGUUUUUUGCCAAAGGGGGGUAAUUAAAGCUUUUUUCUCUGAUCCCGCUCAGCCUCCGGCGCUCCAUCACUUCCCGAAUGGGAUAUUCCCGAGGCACCGGGAUCAAGCGGAGGAUCCCCGGCAGGUACAGAGGAUUCCUGCGGCUCCAAGGCUUUGGGAACGCUGCCCCUUCCCUCCCCUCCAUCCAUCCGCGCUCGCUCAGGGAUCUCUCCCCGCUCUGGAGCAGCCGCGGGACUCCACAGGGUCCUUUCCCCCGCAAUUCCACAGGGAAUUCCCUUUUCCCUGCCCUGGGAAUUGCUGCUGGCGCUGGGGAAAGCUCCGGGAUCCCAGUGCGGGGGCUCACCUGGAAUCCCGAACACUGAGAAUUUUCCUUGGAGGUUCAGCAACAAACUGAGGGAAACCCAAGGAAACUCCUGCAAUUAAAGGCAGAAAUCAAGGAAGGAAAUUGCUUCCCUCUGGGGAAAAAAAGCCUGGAAAUGGGAAUCGUGAGAUCUGGAGGAGCCUCAGGGACGAGGUGGAAUCGUUGGGAUUGUCCAGGGCAGGGCCAGGAUUUGGACUCGAUGAUCCCUGUUGGUCCCUUCCAGCUCAGGAUAUUCCCAGUUCCUUCCUAACUCUUCCCAAAUUCCCUUUCUCCGCCUAAAACGAGGCUGAGCCAUUGGAGCUCCUGAGCUUUUCCAAGCAUUCGGUGAGUUCGGGGGGGAUAAUUCCCAAACCAGAGGCUGAGGAAGGGAAAAGGGCUGGAAAAGCCGAGUUUGGGGCACGUUUGCACAAGCGACUGUAACCAAACACCUCCUCUAAAAUCAACAAAGUCCGCAGGGGAUUUGAGGGAAAUCUUUUGUUUCCCUUUUUAAGGGUAAAAAAAAAAAAAAAAACACCCGGAUUUUGCUGCUGAAGGGGCUCGGUUUGGGCGAAAGGAAUAAAAGAAAGGAUCGGGGCUGAUAUUCCGGCAGGGAAAGGAGUUUGAAGACAACAGAGCUGGAGGAGGUCACUGAUAAAUUCAUAUUUCGAGAUUUAUAGAUUUAUUUCAAUAUAAACUGCCCGCAAUUCCCAGUGAUUCUGCUCAUCCGCAUCCCCAGAGCUCCCACGGGAUCCUCCCCAGGAGAUGGAUUUGCAAAAGUAGAUUUUUAAUCCCGUGUUCCCCACGUCUGGGGAGGCCGUUGGGGUUGUUUUCCAAACAGAAACUCUGGAAGAACAGCCACAAAUAGAUCCUCAGGAAAGGAUCUGUUCGAGUGGGCAGCUCCACUCGUGGUUUUCCUUGGAUUUGGGAAGGUUUUGCUCCUUUUGGGUGCACAAGACUUUGUUGUAAAAGGUGUUUAGGCUUCUUAAAUGAGUUGAGAAAUUAGUCUGAGGUUCAGGCUUAAACUUUCAGCCUUUUCCAUGCCGAGAUUUGCCUUUGGAGCUGCUCUCCCUGGUUUUUAAAUCAUCCCCAAGCUCUCACUGGAGCGGCUUUACAAAGCUCCAAAAACAUCUUGGACAUUUUUCCCGUUUUCCGACACGCUCAAUGUGGAGGCGUUUGAGGAAAACCCUCAAAAUACUUUUAAAAAACCACCCAACCCUUUUAUUUCUCCUCCUUUCCCCCUGAAAGCAGCGUUUUCCCAAAGGGCUCAGGGACGGAGAGCAGGGAGGGGAAGGAGAGCUGGCAGUGGGGCGAUGGAUGCGGAACAUCCUCCGAGGAUGCUCUCCCAAAAAACCCCAGUGUGGACGCAUUGUGACCCCCAAAUCCACAUCCUUGUCUUCAAAUCCGGAGGGAUCUGUGCGCGAGGGAAGCGACGGGGGCGCUGAGGGGCGGCUGUGACCCCACAGAUCCCUAGGGAGGAGGAGGAGGAGGAGGAGGAGGAGAAGGAGGUAGAAGGCAGCGGCGCCAGAGCCGGAGGGAGGCAGAAGGGCGUAGACAGUGCCGGGCUCUCCAAUCAGCCCCGGGAGGUCUGGCCCCGCCGGGAUAAAUGCGGGAGGGGAGGGGAGGGGAUGCAGCGAGCCCCGGCAGGCGCAGGAGCCGGGCAUGAGCGGCGGGGAGCGGCCGGGACCGCGGCAGAGCUCGGCCAGAACCUCCCCGGCCAUGAGCGGCUCCCCCGGGCCAGCCCCGCAGCCCCGGGCCGGCCCCUCCAGGCCCCGCACGUCCUUCCUCAUCCAGGACAUCCUUCGGGACGGGCCCGAGAGCGCCGGGAGCGGGGGGAAUGCGGAGCUGGGAGCGGCCAGCGAGGAGCGCGGAGGGGCCAGCCCAGCAGCGGGGCUCCCUCCCGGGGGUCCCCAGCCCCCCGGAGCCUCUGGGACAUCCCCGGGACCGGACACAGGUAACGGGGAGGUGCCGGCUGAGGGGAGCGGGAAUGGAUCGGGAAUGGAUCGGGGAUGGAUCGGGCAUGUUUGUGUUUAGGAUAAGGAAUGGGGCAGGAAUGGAUCAGGAAUGGGUCAGGGAUGGAUCAAGAAU